UGUCUCCUGCCAGGCAGAGGAUGUCGGCCAGUUUCUUCUCGGACCUGGUGCAAUACCAGCGGUUCUUCCAGAUGAUCCUCGUAUUGGGCAUGGGCGGGACCCUCCUGGUGGGCUUCCAGUUUGCUGUGAUCACCUACCCUUCCCAGGACAUAAAGAGGUUUAUCAACCAGACCUGGCUGGAGCGAUUUGGGUCUCCCCUCCAUCAAGAAACGCUCACUCUGCUGUGGUCCUCCAUUGUGUCUGUCUAUUGUAUAGGUGGGCUGAUGGGAUGUCUAUGGAGCGGGGCCCUGACUCGGAGAUACGGGAAGAAGAAAAGUUUAAUGCUCAACAGCCUGGUCAUAAUUGCGGCUGCCCUCUUCGUCGGCUUCAGCAAAGCAGCCGGAUCUUUUGAAAUGAUUCUGAUGGGACGCUUUCUCUAUGGCAUCGGCGCAGGCAUUUGCCUAAACACACACGGGCCGUAUCUUGGAGAAAUUUCACCCAAGAAGUUCAGAGGCUUUGCCAAUACCACGGCAGCUGUAUUUUUGUCACUAGGAAAGGCCUUGGGACAGAUCACGGGUUUAAGAGAUCUCCUCGGGACCAGCACCUUGUGGCCUCUGCUCCUGGCUCUGUGUGGAUUCGCAGCCUUGGUGCAGCUCUUGCUGCUUCCGUUCUUCCCAGAGUCGCCUCCGUACCUGCUGAUCCAAAAGGGAGACAGGGAGGGCUGCUUACAAGCCAUGAGGACCCUCUGGGGUGAUGGCCCUCACCAAGCUGAGAUGGAAGAUCUGAUGAAGGAGAAAGCCGCAUCCGCAAGGAGCUCGCAGAACCUGAGUGUCCUGGAAGUGAUGAAGGAGCCGUCCCUCCGGAAGCCUUUGUCCGUCGUCGUCCUGCUGAUCAUGACCCUGCAGUUCUCCGGCAUGAUGGCAAUCUACUUCUACACCUUCGAGGUUUUCCACACAGCCAAGCUGGAGGACACGCUGAUCCCGUACGUGGCCCUCGGAGUCGGCAGCUGUGAAUUCGUCGCGGUGGUGCUGUGUAGUUCCAUCAUUGACCGCUUUGGCCGGAGGAUUCUCCUGUGGGGAGGUUUUGGGAUGAUGGCCCUGGCGAUGGCUCUCCUUACCGUGACCCUCUCUUUCCAGAGCCAGGUCCCUUGGAUGUCUUACUGCAGUAUCGGCCUCAUCUUCUUGUUCGUCAUCUUCUAUGGACUUGGUCCAUCGGGCGCCAUCUUCUCUGUCAUGAUGGAGAUUUUUGGCCAGUCGGCAAGAUCGUCGGCUUUUGUCAUCACAGGCAGUAUCAGCUGGGUGGGCCUCUUUGUGAAUGGGAUGGGAUUUCCAUUUGUCGUGGAAGCCCUUGGCCACUUCUGCUUCUUCAUCUUUCUAGCCGUGCUCAUCGGGGCAGGGAUUUUCAUCUAUGUUGCCCUCCCAGAGACAAAGGGGAAGUCCAUCACAGACAUCACAGAAGAAUUCAACAGGAUACAUUUGGGGAAGAAAACCAUACGGAUGACUCGGGAACAGAAUCCCCCCAAGGAUCACAGUUUUUGUACCAAGUUAUGAUUGGUUAAGACCGGCAGGGAGAAGCCCACAACUUGGAUGUGGUGGAUUCUUCUUUCCGGAAUCCUUUCCAGACUGUUCAGAGCUGCAAGGGAAAAAAACCCACAGUGUGCUCACAUUUCACUUCCUGGGACUCACAUUCACUGCAAAUCAAACGCCUGUAAGUUCACCAUGAACAGUGUGGAAGUCAUAAAUUGGAGACUGUUCGUAAUGCAAGUGAGGGGCCCCAGCUCCCAUAUGAGAGAGAGAGAGAGAGAGAGCACUAGCUUCUCGGACGUGAUGGGGCUGGUUGUCCUAACGGCAGCACAGCAGAAUAAUGGUGCAGAAGAAGAAACGGAAGAGAAGUGGGGGGCCGGGAACUGGGGUUCGUGGGGGCUGAGAGUGAAGGUUCCUCCUAGCCCACUUCAGAACAAUUCAUCAAAGAUGUU